AUGACAGCUGACCGGAGGUCAGCCAGUGUCCCCGGAGGCUCAAAUGUGCCUGCUGGCAGUAAUCGUCGUCUUCAGCAGACUCAACACCAAGUAGAUGAGGUGGUUGACAUCAUGAGAGUGAAUGUGGACAAGGUAUUGGAGCGAGAUCAGAAGCUGUCAGAGCUGGAUGACCGUGCCGAUGCACUGCAAGCAGGAGCUUCCCAGUUUGAGACCAGUGCAGCCAAGCUGAAGAGAAAGUAUUGGUGGAAGAACUGUAAGAUGUGGGCAAUAUUGAUAGCUGUUGUUCUCAUUAUCAUCAUCAUCAUUAUUGUCUGGAGUGUGUCUUCAUGAGUUACGGGAAGAAGCUCGGAUCAACUGAUGGUGCCCAUCUUCAGCCUCUGCACUUCAAACCUGCUGUAUUUUCAGCCCACUUACUGCUGUUAAAAGCAAAACUAUUUUGAUUACUGAAAUGUUAGCUAACUUCACCUGGUUGCCUUAAGCCACUCCUGUCACAGAUUACUAAUGAGCACAGCUCUCACUCCCGCGG